GUCCAUGAAGUAUCAGACGUGCUCAUGGCAAUUGCGCCGCUUUAUCCAAGCAGGAACGCGGCUUCAACAAUCCAAUUGGUCUUUGGGCGCUCGUUUUGCCAGGACAUCCUCAUCUGAGAGACCGCCUGACAAUCCCUUCCCGGAUUUCAACAAUGACCCUCAAAAACAUCCAGCUUUGCCAAAGAGGCCAGUCUGGGACGACGACACUGAAUGGGAAGCUGCCCUUCAGAAGGCCCAGGCUGUGCCAUCGAAGAAGAAAUUGGAGCGAAGUCAAUUGGAUGAUUUAGGCGACUUUAUUUUGUCUAUCGCUGUGCGACGGAAAAUGACGGGCUACGCACUCCUUCGAUUUCGCGACCUGCUGCCGUUGCAGUUUGGGAUCGUGGACGUGUCCAAACAUGGCCCAGAUGAGGCGCAAAAGAAAGCCUUGGAAAUUGCUGCAGCUUUGCGGGAUUUACGAGAGGUGGCACCGCAAAAAUUGAUGCAGCUGGCCGCUGAUGGCGAGGAGAUGGAUUCCCUGGAUGAGGAGAUGAAAAACAGGCAAUGGAAAUGGAUCGUAGCCUUGGACGACUCCACAGUUGACCGUGGCCCACCUGUGAAUGUCCGGGAGAACAAAGCCCAGCGGACCAUUUGCAUGAUGCAGGGCUUGCUCAUAGCGGACUGCAAGAGGAUCUUCAAGUCGGCCCCACAGGUGCUUAAUCCGAGGAGGAGCCGACAAAGGCUUCGUGUCCGUGGUGGGCCAAGCCCACAAGUGAGGAAAGAGAUCUUUGAGGAGGCCUGUCGCGAGGUUCCAGAUUUUCCGGUGGUGCGCCACCGCACUGGCACCUUGAAAGAGGAUACCUAUCUCAUGUCCGAUGCCUGGGCCACAGCGAGGCUGGCACAGCGUGUGGUUUUGCUCGCACAGAAACGGGAAGAUCCGAAGUUAAUGGCCAGAAUCCGAGAACAAGCCCGGUCACCAAACUGA